AUGGAGGCCGCUCCUAGCAGUCCUCCCCCCAGCAGGGACUCAACCCUCACUUUUCGCAAAGUCACCGAAGACAAUUGGCGCGCGGUAGCAAACCUCAGCCCCAAAGACGGCCAGAAAGGCAACCUCGCCCCCAACGUAUGGUCUCUCUGCGAAGCCCACUAUUCCGAAGACGCAUGGGUGCGAGCCAUCUACGCCGACGAGACGCUUGUCGGUAUGCUAAUGAUGGCCAUCUGGGAUCCCGACGAGGCAUACUACAUCUGGCGCUUUAUGAUUGAUGGCCGUUAUCAGAGUCUCGGGUACGGUCGGCGGGGCGUGGAAUUUGCCAUGGCGCAUAUACGACAGCAUAACCCUGGGGCAAAGACGUUGGGGGUCAUGUCCACGCCGCCAGAGGGCAAAAGUAGUGAGAAUCCCCUCAAGAAUGUCAAGCCUGAAGACUCGCCAUACCAGUUUUAUGAGAAGCUGGGGUUCAGGGAGAUUGCGCCACCAGAUGAAGAUGGAGAGAUUAUGAUGUCUAUAGACUUGUAA